CUUUGCAAGUUCUCCCACUUAGAAAUCAUGGAGGGUUUGAAAUUUUCACCUCAGGUUCAUGUCCACAGUGAGAGACACAAUCUAAAAAAAUCUGGAAAUCCAGGAGUGCAUGUGCAUAAAUGGUAAUAUUUAAUCAUGUUCUUUAAUAAUAUUUCUUUACAAUCAUGUUUACUGAUUUUUAUGAUCUGAACUUUGAGGCUGGGCGUAACCAAGAUCUGCUUUGGGUAAAACCUGAUUGGCUGCAGCCUCUCUGCACUGAAACAUGAGACUUGGACUCAAUUAAACCAGUUUGUUUCCAGGAAGAGAAACUCAGACAGUCACUGUGACUGAGAGCAGAAAUGGAGCAGAAUCAGUUCGACCGAGAGACUUUCUCCUGUUCCAUCUGUCUGGAUCUACUGACGGAUCCGGUGGCGACUCCCUGUGGACACAGCUACUGUAUGACCUGCAUUAAAGCUCACUGGGAUGAAGAGGAUCAGAAACGAAUCCACAGCUGCCCUCAGUGCAGGGAGACAUUCAUACCAAGGCCUGUUUUGAAGAAAAACACCAUGCUAGCAGCUUUAGUGGAGCAGCUGAAGAAGACUGGACUCCAAGCUGCUCCUGCUGACCACUGUUAUGCUGGACCUGAAGAUGUGGCCUGUGAUUCCUGCACUGGAAGAAAACUGAAAGCCAUCAAGUCCUGUUUAGUCUGUCUGGCCUCUUUCUGUGAGAAACACCUUCAGCCUCAUUAUGAUUCAGCUGCAUUUAAGAAACACAAGCUGGUGGAGCCGUCCAAGAACCUCCAGGAGAACAUCUGCUCUCGUCAUAAUAAGGUGAUCGAUAUCUUUUGCUGCACUGAUCAGAAGUGUAUCUGCGGAGACCUGCAGGUGUCGCUGCUUGCGGUGCCUCCAUCCGGGUUAUUAUCUCAGGAAGCUCAGGUUGAGGUGAGCGGAAGUGCAGAGGAGUCGCCGGUGGUUGGAGCUCCUCCGCCUGCUGAGGGCGGGGCGUUUCCUCCGUCGAAACGGAUCAGACGGCUGGUUGUGUUGCUGCCGAGGCUGCAGCGUUACCUGAAGGUGGCGCUGCAGAGGUUCAGUCUGCAGCCUCACCUGCACAAGUCGAACAACAGUUCAGAUUACCCACCCUUCUUGGAGUUCUUAGAGGGGGCACUGGAGAGUGCCCCUCCUGGGGACUCCCUUGCUCUGAUGGGGGACUUCAACGCUCAC